UUCGUACCUCUGGAGUCAGGGGAUCCGGAUCCGACCGCACGAUGCUUCUAGCGCUCGCAAUCCUCCUCCUCUCCUCGCCGGCGCCGUCGGCCGGCGACUGGUCGUUCUGCAGCGGUGCCAGCGGCACGUACAAGCGAAACAGCACCUACAUGUCCAACCUGAGGUCGCUCGCUGACGCACUGGUUGGCGACGCCACAAGGCUGCACUCGGCUACUGGCGAUGCCGGGGAGGGCCCUGACAGGGUCUACGGCGCCGUGCUCUGCCGCGGGGACUCCACCGGCACCGACUGCACCAGGCGCCUCCGGGAGGCCCUUGGAGCCAUCGACGGGGACGGCACUGGCGACGCCUCUUGUGGGGUCCGCAAGGACGUGGCCGUCUACUCCGAGCUGUACCAGCUUCGCUUCUCCGGCAAGGACUUCCUCUCCGCCUUCAGCAACGCGCCGGAAUGGGUCGACGUCACGAACCCAGACACCGUGCCGCAUGCCGUGGCCACGCAGUUCGACGAGCUCGUCACCGAGUUGUUGACCGCGCUCGCAGACGCAGCGGCGAUGCGACCGGAUAGGUGCGCGGCGGGCGAGGCGCCGUGGUCGUCGUCCGGGGAGGACCGGGCGGUGUACGGGCUGGCGCAGUGCACGGAGGACAUGCCGCCAGAGCGCUGCCGAGCCUGCCUCUACGGCAUCGUCGCGGAGAGGCGGCAGAAGAUUAGCGGCGGGAAGAUGGGCGGGGCGGUCUUUGGGGCGCGGUGCACCAUGCGGUACGAGAUGGACCUGCAGUUCUUCAACGUCACCGGCAACUGCAAGAUGCUGUCCCUAGAGCAAAAGAAGGACCGUGCGCUCUUGAUCAUUGCAACAGUUUACUCUGCCACGGUCCUCUGUACACGUUUGAUUUUCUGGCUCCUAAGCAUAAGAAGGCGAGAAAAAAGAAGAAAAAUGAACUCGAUGGAGGAGCCCAAGGACAUGGAUGAAGUACUGAGGCUGUGGAGGAUCGAAGAUACUAGUUUGGAGUUCUCAUUGUAUGAUUUCUCUAAGAUUGCUGAUGCUACAGACAACUUCUCACCCAACAACAUACUAGGAGAGGGUGGCUUUGGCCCAGUUUACAAGGGAGUGUUUCCUGAUGGACAAAACGUAGCAAUAAAAAGACUGUCUGCACGGUCAAGACAAGGUCUAAUGGAGUUCAAAAACGAGAUUCAAGUUAUAGCAAAGCUUCAGCACAAAAACCUCGUUAGGCUGAUUGGCUGUUGCAUCCAUGAAGAGGAGAAAAUGUUGAUCUAUGAAUACCUGACCAACAAAAGCUUAGACCACUUCAUUUUUGAUCCGAUCAGACGGGUAUCACUUAAAUGGAGGACACGAGUUAAAAUAGUUGAAGGAAUAGCCCAAGGGCUUCUGUACCUUCACAAUCACUCACGACUUCGCAUCAUCCAUAGGGACUUGAAAGCAAGCAAUAUUCUGUUAGAUUCUGAACUAAACCCUAAGAUUUCUGAUUUUGGGAUGGCAAGGAUAUUUCCAACGGAUGCCACCCAAGCAACAGCAAGCAGACUUGUGGGAACAUAUGGAUACAUGGCUCCUGAAUAUGCAUCUGAUGGCCUUCUCUCGAUCAAGACAGAUGUUUUCAGUUUCGGGGUUCUGCUUCUUGAGAUUAUAAGCGGAAAGCGGAGCUCAGGUUUUCAGCACAAUGGAGAAUUUUACAACCUUCUUGAAUAUGCAUGGCAACUGUGGAAAGACAAGACAUGGAAUGAGUUCAUUGAUCAAUCAUUUGGUGAUGAGUACGAACCCGGAGAGCUGAUGAAAUGCCUUAUGGUGGCAUUGAUGUGUGUGCAAGAGAAAGCAAUAGAUCGUCCAACGAUGGCCGAUGUUGUUGCAAUGCUUAGUAGCGAUGGCAUCACUUUGCCAGAGCCAAGGCAACCAGCUUACACCUAUAUGACAUUAGAUGUGUCAGUAAAUGUCACUGCAUUUUGUAGCAGAAAUUAUGUGACCAUCACCACUACAAAUGGCAGAUACAGUAAACCUCAACUUGACAACCAAUUCUGCAAUACAGAUAGACCAAGAGCCAUGGCAUUCCAGUUACCAAUCACGAUGCUACUGCUAUCUCUCCUGUUCCUCUUCCUCUCCUGCCCGGCACCAUUGGCUGCCCAGACAUUCUGCAGUAACUAUAAUGGUGCCAUGUACAUGCCAAACAACACCUACAAAUCCAACCUAAUCUCCCUUGCUGAAACACUGAUUGCCCACGCCGUUGAGGUGCACUCAGCUACUGGAACAGCCGGCACAGGCUUGAACAAGGUCUACGGUGCAGUGCUUUGCCGAGGUGACUCAAACGGCUCCGACUGUCACAAGCACCUAACCAAGGCCCUUGACGCAGCCAUCAUCAACAAAUCCGGCAAUUCGCACUCUCUCCAGAACAAGAAGAAUGUGACCUACUACUAUGACCAAUACCAGGCACAGAUAAGCUUCUCCGACCAGGACUUCCUUUCCAGCUUCAGCAACAUGCCAGAGUGCACCAUCAGCACUAACCCAAAUGUUGUGACGGACACUGUGGCCACACAGUUCGAGGAUCUUGUCACCGAGCUGAUGAGUGGGCUCGCCGAUGCUGUGACAAGCCGAGCAGAAAGGUAUGCAACUGGCAGAGUGUGGUUUCAUGAGACACGCCAAACGGUGUAUGGGCAGAUGCAGUGCAUGCAGGACAUGCCAUAUGAGCAUUGCGUUGCAUGCCUGGACGGCAUCAUCGCAGACAGGCAGAGUAAGAUCAGUAGUGGUCAGUUGGGAGCGGCCAUUCUUGGGGUGCGGUGCACACUGCGGUACGAAACAGAUUGGCAGUUCUUUACCGAUACCAGCAAGAUGAUGUCCCUGCAUAUGUCCAAAAGAGAUAAUACAGCUGAUGUCUUGGUUGGCAUUGGAGGUUUCCUACUAGUAGUAUUCAUUUCUUGCUUGGUUGUUCAUGUAUGGAUCAAAACACAACGACAGAGAGAACAAGCAAUAUUAAAAUUACGACGACUGUCUUUAGCAAUAAAAAGUGUGAUAAAUCUGUGGACGAUGGAAGGAGGCAACCUGGGAUUUUCACAGUAUGAUUACUCCCAAAUAAAAGAAGCUACAAAUAACUUCUCAGUUCAUAAUAAACUGGGACAAGGUGGUUUUGGUCCCGUAUACGAGGGCCGACUGAGCAGUGGAUGUAAAAUAGCAGUCAAAAGACUAGAACAAUGUUCUUUACAAGGUUUACUGGAGUUCCAAAACGAAAUUCAGCUUAUCGCAAAGCUUCAACACAAAAAUCUCGUUAAGCUGCUGGGGUGCUGCACUAAAGGAGAUCAAGAAAACAUGCUUGUAUAUGAAUACAUGGAAAACAAAAGCCUAGAUUACUUCAUAUUUGAUAAUGUGAAAGGAGAACAGCUAAACUGGUCAAGACGCUUGCACAUAAUUGAUGGGAUAGCUCAAGGGCUUCUUUAUCUUCACAAUUAUUCACGACUAUGUGUUGUUCAUAGGGAUUUGAAAGCAAGUAACAUUCUCUUGGAUAGUCAAAUGAAUCCAAAAAUAUCUGAUUUUGGGAUGGCCAGAAUAUUCUGCUCAAAUAUGAAAGAGUCAAAUACCACCAGAAUAGUGGGCACACAUGGCUACAUACCUCCAGAAUAUGCGUUUCACGGGAUUUGCUCCAUCAAGUCAGAUGUUUUUAGCUUUGGCGUAUUGGCAUUGGAAAUCAUAAGCUCAAAAAGGACAGCCCACUUCUAUCAAUACAAUGGAAAACUAUAUAAUCUCAUUUCAUACGCUUGGCAACUUUGGACUGAUGGAAAUUGGGGACAGCUCCUUUAUUCUCCUCCAGGCAAUGGACAUAAAGAGAUAGAAAGGUGCAUUCAUGUGGCACUUCUAUGUGUCCAAGAAAGAGCAGAGCAUCGACCUGAUAUGGAAUGCAUUGUCACAAUGCUAAACAGCAAGGAUGUGAGCUUACCCAGGCCUACGCAACCAGCUUACUUCCAUGUAAAUCCUAGCGAGGAAGAAGUCUCAUCAUGCAGCGUUACUAUGAGUAUCACAUUAGAAAGAGUUGCAAAAUGAUUACUUGGCUCAAUUUCUUACAACUAAAACUCUUGUCUUAAACGAAAAUGGGGCACCCUGAGUCUAACCCAAAGGCAUUUUGAUGAGUAUAUAAGCACCAAUUGCAACACAAUGACAACAAAAGGAGGGAAAGGUAGUACUUUAUGACCUUCUUGAGUUACACAUUCCUACAGUGAACUUCACAACAACUAGUACAUGACAUGCAUGUAUUCUUGGGUUUAAUGAAGGAGUAAGAACUGCAACGGAGACACACAUAACUCAGGUACAGUAACCGCUACGAUAUGGUGGUUUGAACUGAUAACUUGAAGUGCCAUAAAACUUCAUGCUAGUUUUAUUUUUCCUUUGAAGAAACUGCUAUUCUGCUAAUCCUCUAGAGUCUCCACGGAAAGGAAUCCCAAAAGAAGAAAAUCACAAAGCCAAUUGCUAAAUCUCCAAUUAGUAUAGUAAAGAGAUUCAUUUCUGUUGUCAGUUAAGUGCCAGUGAUUUAUGUGUAGUGUUCAGUGUCUUAGAGAGUUUAUUUAUGUCACCGAUUGUGAGCUACUCUGUAAAACUGGUCUCCCUAUAGGGUGUUUGGUUUGAGGAACGAGGCGAUCCAUCACCACCUGACCAACACAUUCCUAAACACACGUUUGAUUUGAGGAAUGGAAUGAGCUGAUCCAUCACCACCACAUGAUUAGUGUAAAUAUGAGGAAUGGUGUCAUCCAACCAAAAUUCAUGAGAUGAACCCAGGACCAUCCCAUCUAGAAUGGGUUUAUCCCUCAAACCAAACACCCCACUAUUUCCUGAAGUUGUGCUUUCCAAAUGAAGCUAGCUAGGCCAACAACCCUUUGGUCUGACAAGAACCACCUCAUUGCCCCCAUUUCAGCUUGCUCCCAUCCCGAUUCGUCGCAGACGAACGAAGCAGUAGACGGCACCCCACCAAAUCGAAUUCCAAAGCAGAAUUGCGCCGCCGAUGCUAACUCUGACUCGAAAGCAGAACAGCAAUGGGCUUCACAGAGCCGAACCUGGGUUUCCUCUCCGCUCCCGCCAGGCGACGCGCGCAACCGUGAAGCCGGAGCAGGUCGCGGUAGGCCGCCGCCCUAGCCGGCGGAAGGGACGAGGGGUGCUCGCUGCCUCGCCGCUCGCUACCAGUUCCGCGCCUUGACGACGAGCCCUUCAUCGCCAGUCCCGUUGGGCCAGAAUCCUGGCCCUGGGCUCAUCGGAGAGUGCUAUGGGUCGAACAUGUUCUCUUGGGUGGGUCGGAUCACAUUACAAUGUCGGACCGAUUUGAUGCUGUAUCAGGG